AUGACUAUGAUGUCAUUGUAUCAGACACUGGAAACAGUGGGCUUUAUUGGGGGUACAUUUGUUGGUCUAACAUAUCGAUACCUUAAUCGACAACUAGUAGUUGCCGUAUGUUUUGUCAUACUGGCCAUUGCGACAGCCGUAUUGCCUGUCCUACCAAAUCUACCGGUGCUCUAUGUUUGCUCAAUAGUUUGGGGCUUCUGUUUCAGUGUUAUCAUGUGUUCGUAUACCGUAUGGACGGUAGAGUUAUGGCCAACCAGUAGUGCACCCGUACUCUACAUCGAAGACUUUGCCUACGGUAUCGGUUCGACACUGGCUUCGGCUAUACUCAAGCCAUAUCUAACUGGCAAAGUGGCCGCCAAUGUGGAGGUCGAUAGGCGUUCAAAACUUAUGUGGCCGUUCAUUACAAUAGGAAUAUGUGUUAUUUUAGUUCCUUUAUCAUCGUUGAUCAUGUACUCUAUAAAACCAUACAAACAACUUAAUAGACAACAACACCCACAACAGUGUUUAGGACAGUCAGCAAAAAAUGAUGAGAAGGCUGUGCCUAACAUUAUUACUACCAAAACAAAUGAUAAAUUAGAUAAUAGUGGUAUUGCUGAUGUAGUUGAUGGACAACUACCUGCUGAGACAACAACGGUUGUCAAACUGUUUGAUCGAUCGGACACACCGGGCACUGUGAUGCGGGUGCUGUUCAUAGCCUGGUGUACGGCAUACGUACUGUUUCAGACGGAGUUCCUUAUGUUUAUGUUUACAUAUAUGCAAAAAUCACCGGUACAGGUAUCGCCGCAGAUUGGCUCCGACAUUAUGAUGGUAUCGACAUCAGUGUAUACAGCAUUUACGGUAGUCAAUGCAUUGUUAACAGUACGAGUGGGCGUAAAUCCGGUUAUUUACGGACACUACGCCAUAAUACUAGUGGCUGCCUGUGUACUGGUGAUUGGCCACUACUAUCUGGUAGCCCUAUGGGUAGCCUCUGUGUUGUUGUGUUGGGGUUUUUCGGCAAUGUUUGCCGGCGUCUACGCGUUUACUUCUAAAUACGUUUCGUUGACCAACCGAUUGAGCACCGGUAUUGUUAUGGCACGCGGUGUAUGCAAACUGUUUACACCGAUAAUCAUCGGCCAGUUUAUCGAUGACCACUCACGAUACGAAAAUAAAAAUGUUUAA